UCUGCGGGAGCCCCGGCGGCCGAGGGGCUGGUCCAGGCGCGGCCGCUAAGAGGAGACCAAGAGGCGGGGGCUGCACUUGACAACCAGCAUGCCGAGAUGGCACGCUUUGUGCCCACCCCACCUCCAAAUCGGCUUAAUUACAAAUCAGAGGGCAGGCUUAGUGAACAAGACUGGCAAGCACAUUUCAAAGUCCCAUGUUAUGGGGUUGAUCCGUCUCAACUUGAGUCAGAAGAGGCAGAAGUGGAUGUGAGAGAAAGAGAGACACAGAGAGACAGAGAGCCAAAGAGGGCAAGAGACUUGACUUUAAGAGACUCGUGUACUGACAACUCCAUGCAGUUCGGAACCAGAACGACUACGGCUGAACCAGGGUUCAUGGGGACAUGGCAAAACGCUGACACUAACCUCUUAUUCAGAAUGUCCCAACAGGUACCACUGGCAUGUGCUGGCAGAGUGCUGGGUGCAGACUUUUGCCCAAACCUGGAGGAACCAGACCAGAGGCUGGAAGUCCAGGCCAUCCGUUGCACACUGGUAAACUGCACGUGUGAAUGUUUUCAGCCAGGGAAGAUUAACCUGAGGACUUGCGAUCAGUGUAAACAUGGCUGGGUGGCACAUGCCUUGGAUAAGCUCAGCACGCAGCACCUGUAUCACCCCACCCAAGUUGAGAUUGUGCAGUCCAAUGUGGUGUUCGACAUCAGCAGCCUGAUGCUCUACGGGACACAGGCUGUGCCUGUGCGGCUGAAGAUCCUGCUGGACCGGCUCUUCAGUGUCCUGAAGCAAGAGGAAGUGCUGCACAUACUGCAUGGCCUGGGCUGGACUCUGCGGGACUAUGUCCGAGGAUACAUCCUUCAGGAUGCUGCUGGCAAGGUUCUGGACCGCUGGGCUAUCAUGUCACGAGAAGAAGAAAUCAUAACCCUUCAGCAGUUUCUGCGGUUUGGAGAAACCAAAUCCAUUGUGGAGCUAAUGGCAAUUCAGGAGAAAGAAGGGCAGGCCGUAGCUGUACCAUCUUCAAAGACAGACUCAGAUAUAAGGACUUUCAUUGAGAGCAAUAAUCGCACCAGAAGUCCCAGUCUCCUCGCUCACUUAGAGAACAGCAAUCCUUCAAGCAUACAUCACUUCGAAAACAUCCCCAACAGCCUUGCAUUUUUGCUUCCAUUCCAAUAUAUAAAUCCUGUCUCAGCCCCACUGCUAGGGUUGCCUCCAAAUGGGCUACUUUUAGAGCAACCAGGACUGAGGCUGCGAGAACCAAGCCUUUCAACACAGAAUGAAUAUAAUGAGAGCAGUGAAUCUGAAGUAUCUCCCACACCUUAUAAGAAUGAUCAGACACCCAACAGAAAUGCCCUGACCAGCAUUACUAAUGUGGAACCCAAAACAGAACCAGCUUGUGUCUCCCCCAUUCAGAAUUCUGCCCCUGUCAGUGAUCUAACCAAAACUGAACACCCAAAAAGCUCAUUCCGGAUUCACCGGAUGAGAAGGAUGGGGUCAGCCUCUAGGAAAGGAAGAGUGUUCUGUAAUGCAUGUGGGAAGACAUUCUAUGACAAGGGUACUCUCAAAAUUCAUUAUAAUGCGGUUCACCUGAAGAUCAAACACCGAUGCACCAUUGAAGGUUGCAAUAUGGUCUUCAGCUCCCUCCGAAGCCGUAAUCGACACAGUGCAAACCCUAACCCUCGUCUUCACAUGCCUAUGCUAAGAAACAACCGAGACAAAGAUUUAAUUCGGGCUACAUCAGGAGCUGCCACUCCUGUCAUAGCAAGUACAAAAUCAAAUCUCACACUUACAAGUCCUGGCCGGCCCCCAAUGGGUUUUACCACUCCCCCACUAGACCCUGUCUUACAGAAUCCUCUCCCUAGCCAGUUGGUAUUUCCUGGGCUAAAGACUGUACAACCAGUUCCUCCAUUUUAUAGAAGUUUACUCACUCCAGGGGAAAUGGUGAGCCCUCCAACUUCCCUCCCAACUAGUCCCAUCAUUCCAACCAGUGGUACCAUAGAGCAGCACCCCCCACCACCCUCUGAGCCAGUAGUGCCAGCAGUGAUGAUGGCAACCCAUGAGCCCAGUGUCGACCUGGCACCUAAGAAAAAGCCCAGGAAGUCAAGCAUGCCUGUAAAGAUUGAGAAGGAAAUUAUUGAUACCGCUGAUGAGUUUGAUGAUGAAGAUGAUGACCCCAAUGAUGGCGGAGCUGUAGUAAAUGACAUGAGCCAUGACAAUCACUGCCACUCCCAAGAGGAGAUGAGCCCAGGCAUGUCUGUGAAGGACUUUUCUAAGCAUAACAGGACCCUGUGCAUUUCAAGGACUGAAAUAAGAAGGGCAGAUAGCAUGACCUCUGAGGACCAGGAGCCUGAGCGGGACUAUGAGAAUGAGUCUGAAUCUUCAGAGCCCAAGCUUGGUGAGGAAUCAAUGGAAGGGGAUGAGCACAUGCAUGGUGAGGUGAGCGAAAAGGUCCUGCUGAACAGCGAGAGGCCAGAUGAGAACCACAGUGAGCCCUCUCACCAGGAUGUUAUCAAGGUGAAGGAGGAAUUUACAGAUCCCACUUACGACAUGUUUUACAUGAGCCAGUAUGGACUGUACAAUGGUGGGGGGGCCAGUAUGGCUGCCCUGCAUGAGAGUUUUGCAUCGUCUCUGAAUUAUGGCAGCCCUCAAAAAUUCUCCCCAGAAGGUGACCUGUGUUCUAGCCCAGACCCUAAAAUCUGUUACGUGUGCAAGAAGAGUUUCAAAAGCUCCUACAGUGUGAAGCUUCACUACCGGAAUGUUCACUUAAAAGAGAUGCAUGUCUGCACAGUGGCUGGUUGCAAUGCUGCCUUCCCCUCUCGCCGAAGCAGAGACAGAAACAGAAAUUUACGGAUGGAAAGAACCAUAGGUCCAGGACAUCGAGACAGCCUGCAUCUCCGUAGACACAGUGCCAACAUAAAUCUGCAUCGUAAACUGUUGACCAAAGAACUCGAUGACAUGGGCCUGGACUCAUCGCAGCCCUCCCUUAGCAAGGACCUCCGGGAUGAAUUUUUGGUGAAGAUCUAUGGGGCUCAGCACCCCCUGGGGCUCGAUGUCAGGGAAGAUGCCUCCUCUCCCGCAGGCACAGAAGACUCCCACCUGAAUGGGUAUGGAAGAGGCAUGGCAGAGGACUACAUGGUCCUUGACCUGAGCACCACCUCCAGCCUCCAGUCCAGCAGCAGCAUCCAUUCCUCCAGAGAAUCUGAUGCAGGCAGUGACGAGGGGAUUCUUCUUGAUGACAUUGAUGGGGCCAGUGACAGUGGGGAGUCGGCACACAAGGCUGAGGCCCCAGCCCUCCCUGGCAGCCUCGGGGCUGAAGUUUCAGGAUCUCUCAUGUUCAGCACCCUGUCUGGGAGCAAUGGUGGGAUCAUGUGCAACAUUUGCCACAAAAUGUACAGCAACAAGGGGACUCUGAGGGUGCACUACAAAACUGUGCAUCUGCGAGAAAUGCACAAGUGCAAAGUCCCGGGUUGCAAUAUGAUGUUUUCCUCUGUGCGAAGCCGAAAUCGGCACAGUCAGAACCCUAAUCUCCACAAAAACAUUCCCUUCACUUCAAUAGAUUAGUCCCAGAAUGGACACUACAAAUGCCAGCUCUCACCAGAUGGCCUACAUGUUUGAACUGCCUAGUCAGUGUGCUUCCGUACAUGGCCAGGGUGUGUAUGUAUGUGCAUAUGUAUGCCUGUGUCCACACACAUGCACACACACACACACACACACACACACGUUUUCUUUAGAUAAAAAUGAUAAACACUAGGUGCUUUUGAAUUUUUUUCCUUUAUAGGUAUUGGAAGGGGGAGUCUUUAAUUUGGGGUUGAAAACAAAGGACCCCUUUAAACACACAUACACAUGCAAAGCAUUCAACCAGCCCCAAUUUUGAUAGAGUAAUUCUUGGUCUUCUCCAAAGAGACAAUUUGUUGUGCCCAUGACUGUUGCCUGCAAAACAAACAAACAAAACAAAAACAAAAGGGAGAAAAAGAAAUGAAAAAAGAAACAAAAAGGAACUUCUUACCAUUGUCUUUUGUGAACUUUAAGAUUUUGAGAGAAUCUUCAAUUAAAGCAUGGCAGAUUCACUGUAAAUAUUUAGCCUUGAGAGGCAAAUGAUGUAAAACAAUUGUAUUGAUGGUUGUUUAACUCUUUUGUUUAAUUUUGACAGUUACAUCCAGCUGUUAGAUAUGCAGGAAAAAACUAGUUUGCUGGCUAGCUCUAUUCAUUUAUGUUAGCAUUAAUGCACAUUUUUUUAAAAAAGAAGAACAUGGUCUUGUUUUUACUACCUGUUAGAUGUAGUGAUAAAGAGGUGCUGGCAUGCUUUACAGCACAGAUCUGAUUUUUUAAAAUGUCCUGUACUAGUACAUAAAUCCAGUCAAGCACUUUUUUCAUACACUACGAGGGGAUGUGUAAUAUCCAUGCUUCUUUUUUAUCCUUAAACUGUUGCCAUACUUCAGUAAGUGUCUUUAAAAAAAAAUCCACUUGUAUAAAAACGGUCUGGUCAGUAUAGGGCACAAAUGCCAAACAAAAGUAUUAGUGUUAACACAAAACUGCCAACUUUGCACAAGUUUCCAGAAAAGAAAAUACAAUUAGUCACUCAACAUAACCACAGGCCAAUUUGUUGGCCACCAGAAAACCGCUUUUUUGAAGGAGAAAAAAAAGAAAAAGAGAAAAAAACCUUGGUGAUUCUUUCAAGUGCUGAAUGUUAUUAGAAUCAGCACUACAUCCUUCUUGCAUAUAUGUUAAGUUACAUAAAAGGAAAGCAAAAUUAUGUCAUGUGAAACAGCCAAGGCGUUUCUUCUUUAGAGGCAGGAUAAUAUUUCAGGAUACAAAAAGCCCAAGUUAUUCACUAUGGAACAAUGCUGAAUACAGUAAAGGCGUUGAACACGCAUUUCCAAGGCCCUCACCCUUCUCCUUUGAAGAGAAAGACAAAAGCCUGAGCUGGGUUGAUCUGUUGUAUGGCCAUCUCAUUUGUCACGAUUUUGCAGUGGCAAAUGACGCAGGCCUGUUUGACAGACAAAAUCAAAAGCCCUGCUUCACAGCAGCAGUACUUGGAAGCUCAGAACACACGUGCUGAACUUGAGUUGAGCAACACUCCUUCCAAAAGGCAGGGGAAGGGGGGGUUACGAUAGAAUCUCACUGUGUAGUGUUUUGUGUUUCCCCACAGAGAGAAAUGAAAGCAAGCCUGAAACCAAGCAAUUGAGAGUGAGAAUGAGGGGGGAGGCUCUGCUCCAAACCUUUUUUGUUUUGUUUUGUUUUGUUUUGUUUCCGAUGUUUACACAUGUUGCCUGAGCUGGUUAACCACAUCGGCAGCCUCAGCUACCACAACAUACUGACUAAAUGAUGAUAUUUACUCAAGUUCAGGCUGCAGCCAAAACCGUUAGGGUGUGCACUGCAGACUGGGUUUUGUCUUUUUUUUUUUUUUCCUUUUUUUAAGGGGGAGGGAACAAACAAUGUUUUAUCAAACAGUACCUAAUAUAAAGAGAAUGUAUUUCUUUUCUGCAUUUAAUGGCCUCAGACAUUUCUCUCAUCAGUCUAAAAGUUAGAUAAAUUCCUUUGUUUCAACUUCUCCUGUCAUUUCCAUUUCUCAUGUUUUUAUUUUUUUUCUAUGUUCACAUCAGCAUCCACUUCCGUUAAAUUUGCCAAAGGAAACUGUUGAUAUGUUUCUGUUGUUAUUAUUCUUGUAGGAGUUAUUGUACCUCACAGUAUUUAUUGUUCCCAAAAAUAAGCAUCAUCCUUGGGGAUCCAGUAUUUUUUAUUUGUGAAGAUUUCAGAAACAGUAGGUUCUUAAAGAUAAGCUAGAUAUAUCUAGGGGCUUUAUCUUCACCUCCUUGUGAACAUGCGUUGGGAUUCCUUUGAUUCUUCAUUUGUUUUACAGUGAGGAAAGACCAAAAGUAUUUGCAGUACUAAGAAACUAUAUCAAACACUAUUUCUGUUAAAUGACAAAUGUUUACGGUAAAAAGCUGAGGAAUUAGUAAUAACCGUUUUUGUUUUCUUGUACCUUUGAAUUCCCCAAAAUCUUAAUUGCUUUAUUUUGGUGUUAUGUUAAAUUGAAUAGACAGAGAUGUUUUCCUUUGUUUUAUACCAUAUAAGACUCUGUACAGUAUGUUUGUGAAAAAUUGAACUAGAAAAAUGAACAUUUGUUUGCAAACA